AACGCAUAGCAAGGGGGAGGGAGGGCUGCCGUGCAGUAGGAACUGUGCAGACACACACACACGGGGAUCCAGGGACGGUAGCCCCUUGCACUGGGAUCUAAAGCCACAGCACGAAAGAGAGUUGAAGGAAACUACUCAUCUAACGCAACACAAUGGCAGACAAAAUUAAGGAUUCCAAGAUCAUCUUUGUCGUGGGUGGGCCUGGUUCUGGAAAGGGCACCCAGUGUGAGAAGGUAGUUGCAAAGUAUGGCUACACCCACCUGUCUUCCGGAGAUCUGCUCCGUGCUGAGGUGUCUUCUGGCUCUGAGAGGGGCAAGCAGCUCCAGGCCAUCAUGCAGAAGGGAGAGCUUGUGCCCCUGGACACAGUCUUAGACAUGAUUAAGGAUGCCAUGAUCGCCAAGGCUGAUGUCUCCAAGGGCUACCUUAUCGAUGGCUACCCCCGUGAGGUGAAGCAGGGCGAGGAGUUUGAGAAGAAGAUCGGCAAACCCUGCCUGCUGCUCUAUGUUGACGCCAAAGGAGAGACCAUGGUCAAGAGGCUCAUGAAGCGCGGUGAGACCAGCGGCCGUUCUGAUGACAAUGAGGAGACCAUCAAGAAGCGCUUGGACUUGUAUUACAAAGCAACUGAGCCAGUCAUCGCCUUUUACGAGAGCCGCGGCAUUGUCAGGAAGGUUGACUCUGAGCUGCCCGUGGAUGAGGUCUUCAGCCAAGUGUCCAAGGCAAUCGAUGCACUAAAGUAAAACGACUAGAUGUGUCUGGUUGUUGUUGUUGUUUUUUUAUUUGAUCAGUAUCAAUUUCAUAAGGACAAAACACGAACAGAAAUAGAACCCUUCCCACUCAUCUUGGUUUAAAAAAAACUAAAAAACCUGAAGGCCGUUAUGGAUCAUAGAUGCCUUAACUUUACUCCUACUCCAGCAAGGGGAGUUUUAAGCUCACACAACGAUGAUGAAUCUGCUUAAAGCAAGAUCUGAAAAUCCAUUUGUUUCUUUACAUAAGCCUUGCUUCUAUUCUGUGCUGAACAUGUAUGUGGAUGUAUUUAAGUGACUCUUAAAAGGUUCUGUAUACAUGAGGUGCCGACCAUCUCCUUAACCAUAAAGGCACCAUGCUCACUCUGGGGGGAAACCUGCACUUUACACAAUCUUGUUUCCCGCACAAUCUUGCUUUAACCCUGCCAUAUAGAGUCUAUGGGAAAAUAAUAGACUCCUGUAUGAUUGUGCCAUUGAACAACAGCAGAGAUCACCCACUGUGGACAAAACUGGUGAAACUUUAUAUACAUGUAUUUAGUUAAAACAGGUAGGUGGCGGCAUCUCACAGAACAUUUAAAUCACUUCUCAACCAUCAUGGAUUUCAUACAUUAUUUUCUAUUAAUCAUUUAUAAUUAAAGCACAGAAAUAUGUUUUUCAUCAAGAUGUAACAUGGAUGUCUAUAAAGUAUAUGUAAAAAAGAUAAUUAAAGUAUAUGGAAAAACGUGAUAUUUGAAUAAAUUGCGACUGUGUUUUAAAAGAU